AAUACGCAAUCUGUAUGGAUGUCUCUGCUGUACAGCAACCAACUAUUUAUUAUUGUUUGGCGCCACACAAAACACUGCUUACAUUUCUGUGCUUGGGAUGAUAUGUGCUAGUUGAAUGUUGCACUGCUUGGAUUUUAUUUCUGUGGAUAAUACAUGCUAAAAUAAAGUUGUUCGCGUUUCGUUGUGAAUGUCAGUGUGGAAAGAAGCUGCAUUUGCCGACAAAUUUUGCGCUUGUUUUUUUGGAAAACGUGUAUAAAGUUGUUAAACGUUUAUAAACUGAACACAGGCGCUGUAAUAACUUUACGAUGGCUUUGGUGUGUGCACUUACAAAUGAGGUGCCGGAGGCGCCUGUUAUUUCGCCUUCUUCGGGUGCUGUAUUCGAAAAGCGAGUUAUAGAGAAAUAUAUUAUGGAAAACGGCUGCGAUCCAAUCAGUGGGAAAGACCUCAAGGAGGAGGAGCUCAUUGAGAUCAAAACACCAGCCGUGGUGAAGCCAAAGCCACCAAGUGCCACCAGCAUACCGGCAACACUGAAGACCAUGCAGGAUGAGUGGGAUGCGCUGAUGAUACAUUCGUUUACACAACGCCAGCAGUUGCAGACUACAAGACAGGAGCUGUCGCAUGCGUUGUACCAACAUGAUGCCGCCUGUCGUGUUAUAGCGCGUCUGAAGAAGGAAUUGACAGCUGCGCGAGAAGCGUUGGCCACGCUGAAACCACAGUCAGGCAUUGCACCAAUACUGAAAGUGGAGCCAGCGAUUGCAUCUGAAGCAGGUGGCGCCCCGCAGAUGGAGCAGGCUGGCAUGAAUCCCGAGGUUAUACAGAAGCUACAGGACAAGGCGACAGUGCUGACUCAGGAGCGCAAAAAGCGUGGACGCACUGUGCCCGAGGAACUUGUGACACUCGAACAAGUAAAGAGCUUCUUGACCGUUGCUUCGCAUCCUGGUCUACAUUCAGCUUCAGUACCUGGCAUUUUAGCGCUGGACAUUAAUAGCGCCGAUCAUAGUAAGAUUCUGACUGGUGGCAACGAUAAGAACGCGACGGUGUUCAAUAAGGAUACAGAACAAGUGGUUGCCAUACUAAAGGGUCACACUAAAAAGAUCACGCAGGUCAUCUAUCAUCCGAACGAGGAUACCGUUAUCACAGGCUCGCCGGAUAUGAAUAUAAGAAUUUGGCAUGUGCCCACUACACAAACGCAGGUGCUGCUGCGUUGCCACGAUGGUCCUGUAACUGGCCUUUCACUGCAUCCCACGGGAGAUUACUUGCUGUCCACUUCAUCCGAUAAGCAUUGGGCCUUUUCGGAUAUACACACUGGACGGCUGCUGACCAAGGUUAUAGAUACGGCUGAGGUGGGCCUAACUACAGCGCAGUUCCAUCCAGAUGGUUUGAUUUUCGGAACUGGCACCGUUGACUCGCAGGUCAAAAUUUGGGAUUUGAAAGAACAGAGCAAUGUAGCCAACUUCCCUGGCCAUACUGGUCCUAUUUCAGCCAUAUCGUUCUCCGAGAACGGUUACUAUCUGGCCACAGCAGCGGAUGAUGCUUGCGUCAAACUCUGGGAUUUGCGUAAAUUGAAGAACUUCAAGACCAUACAGCUGGACGAUGGCUACGAAGUGAAAGAUCUGUGCUUCGAUCAAAGCGGCACCUACUUGGCCAUUGCAGGCACUGAUGUUAGGGUUUACUUGUGCAAGCAGUGGCAGGAUCUGAAGAUAUUCAAUGAUCACACAGCUUUAGCUACGGGCGUACGCUUUGGCAAACAUGCACAGUAUCUGGCCUCAACCAGCAUGGAUCGAACUCUGAAGCUGUAUGCCAUCGAAUAAAACUUGAUUCAUAGUUAGACAUAAGUUAAAACAUUUUAUAAUUCUAUAAACAAUAAUUCAGCAUCCACAGCUUUCUGCAUAAAUAAACUGAACCUUUUAUUUUCCAUUUCAAAAGCUAUUGUUU